GUGUUUGAUCCAAGAUGGCGGCCAAUGUUCCUGCUUCAAACACUAACACGACUACAGCCAGUAUUUCUAGCGCUUCUGCUGGUUCUAAUCCUGUAGUCUCGACGCAGCAAUCUCAAUCAACAGCAGCUUCAGCUAAUUCAGCUGCCACUGCGCCGCAAGAUACGAAAUUGCGUUCGGCGGGAGCUUCGUUAUCGGAGUUUAUGACACAAUUAGAUGACUACACGCCAACGAUACCUGAUGCUGUGACAGCUUAUUAUCUUAACCGAGCAGGAUUUGAUGCUUCAGACAUUAGAGUGGUUCGCCUUGUCUCGUUAUCAGCCCAAAAGUUUAUAUCAGAUGUUGCCAAUGAUGCAUUACAGCACUGUAAGAUGAGGGGGUCUGGACAGAGUUCUAGGAAAUCGGGAAAGGACAAGAGAUAUACACUAACAAUGGAGGAUCUUACCCCUGCACUCAGUGAAUAUGGUAUCAAUGUUAAAAAACCACCUUACUUUGUAUAGUCAAUUUAUAAUGUAGAUUGUAGAAAAUCAAAGACCUGUAUAUAGUAGAUAUUGUGUUAUCAUACCUGGGACACUAGAUUUUUCUCACGUAACAGCCAUGUUUAUUCCCGUGAGAAUCAAAACCUGUUUACACCUAGGUUAUGCUUUGAGGUGGGGAAAGAAAGGCCCUAUUUAUCUAGAGUAUGCCUGGGUAAACUCAUCCAGUAUUACUUAUGAUAUAUUUAUAGGCAUCCAGGGAAAAUAUAUCAUUUCAACUAACAUGAGAAAAGAAAAUAGAAUUUCUGAUUGCAUUGUCAAAUAUAUUAACUUGAAAUGCUAUCAAAAUGUCUGUAAUUAGGUUUGAAUUAAUCAGUUUGUUGACCUGGACUCUUUGAGGGCAAGGUGAGCAUCUGGUUUCUUCUAUGUACAUCUAAUGAUAAUUGCUACCCAAGCUUCUGGUUGUUAAGCCCAUCAUCAGGGGAUGUGAAAAGAGUUUGAAAAAUGACAAAAAAUUAACAUAAUAUCAGUAUACAGGUAGCUUUUUUUGAUUAUUUCAGUGCGAUGCCCAAAAGAGUAUUAACAGCGAUAAUGUAUUCACAUAACGAAACAGGUCACAUUCGUGAGAGGCGCAAAUUAGCUUCCUCGAAAGUUAAUAGAUUUACUAUGCCUGAAAGAUAUCUGUCGACAGAUAUGAUAAUAUUAAAUUCAACAUGUACAAGACUCUGAUUCACUUCUGUAGCAUUUCUUUAUUUUGUCUGGUUAAUUUAUUUUACACAAAUAAAUUAUUGCUGAAAAUCCAAAAUAAAUUCAUUUAAUCUCAAACAUAGAGACAUCUUAUUUAACAUUUAUUCCCUAGCUUAGAUACACUAAACUGACUCUUUUUCAAAGAAGUAUAGCUAGUAUUUAAAUAAUAAUAUGUUAAUAUAAUUAUAGUGGGCAGAAAUAUUCUCUUACUCUAAGAUUUACCUUGGCUCACAGACUGUAGUGAGAAGCUUACAAUCAUCUUUAAGAGUAUCUUGUACCUAUUGUUGCAAGGGAAAGAAAAAAAUGAUGGCCAACUAAUUGCUGUCCUGAUACUUGUUUAUGGUGUUAACUAACUAUUUCAUUUAUUACACGUUCUUAAUUAACUUAUUAAUGUUAAAUUUAAAUUUUUGUCUGAAUUGUACUCAAAAUAAAUUCUUAACUAUUGCUUUCAA